AUGUUCCUCAAUCUGGGUCUUCGCCGCCAAUAUUCCUGGAAGUUCAUCAUUGCUGACGUGUCACAAGCCAUCAUCGGAGCUGAUUUUCUAUCACAUUUCAACUUAGCAGUCAACCUACGACAACGCAAACUCAUCGACGACGUCACAAACACCAGCAAACUGUGUUCAAUAUCAACAAAUAAAAAGGUAGUUUCCAAUUUAUCUUACACCAAAGAUUAUCAGCCGUUCUACGAUUUAUUGAGGGAAUUCGAAGACAUCACGAUGGAAAAGUCUUCAGUCAAAAAACCACAACACUUUGUCACGCACCAUAUCGUCACCAAAGGACCACCAGUCUUCUCUAAACCGAGGCGCUUAUUUCCCGAGAAGUUAGAAGCCGCAAAAGCCGAGAUACAACUCUUGCUGAACGCAGGCAUCUGUCGUCCAUCGCGCAGCCCAUGGGCAAGCCCGCUGCACAUGACAAAGAAGAAAAACGGCGAAUGGAGGCCUUGUGGGGAUUUCAGGCGACUAAACGUCGUCAUCGAGCCUGACAGGUAG